AUGGUCAAGAAACGUGUUCUCCUCUGGGACUACACCAACACUCGUGAUGUGAAGUGGGCUAUGGACAAAAUCAACUUCAAAGGCCCACUUCACUCAUGCAGCAACUGGAACACCUGGUACCCUGAUGAACUGAAGCAUCGCCUACCCUUCCGCCCCAUGAUUCAUGGGAAGAAUAACCUGACCGGCGGAGAGUGGCAAAAUAUCUUGAAGACCAAUGAAGAAGUGAUUCACUUUUUCAACGAGCCCGAGCGCGCAGGUAUCUCACCAGAAGAGGCAGCCAAGAUCUGGAACGACCAGGUUCUUGCUCUUCGUACUUCCCAUCACAAAAGACUGGUCAGUCCCUCAUGUGCUUCUGACCCAGCCGGUAUCGCUUGGAUCAAGAAGUGGAUGAAUCUGGUUGCCAAGAACCCUCCAGACUACCUUGGGCUGCACUGGUAUGGCACCAAAGGCGACGAGAUGAUCCGGUAUCUCGAGAGCAUGCACAAGGAACAUCCACAUCAACCCAUCAUCGUCUCAGAAUGGGCAUCGACUUCCCGAAGCUACCCCGAUGUCUUAGGGCUGACGGUGCAGCUUGCGAACUGGAUGGACAGUACGCCUUGGGUCGCCGAAUAUGCGCUUUUCGGGUGUAUGAGACAGAUGGCUGAUGACUUUGUCUCCCCUGAGGCGCAGUUGAUGAACAAAGAUGGAAGCUUCACUGAUUUGAUGUGGAAGUAUAUGUCGGACCAACCUAUGCAUAUCUAG